AUGGCGUCUCCGGCGGUGUCCGUUGUCUGCGUGGGCAUGGCAGGCUCUGGGAAGACGACUUUCAUGCAAAGAAUCAACUCUUAUCUUCACUCGAAGAAAACUGUCCCCUAUGUGAUGAACCUUGACCCGGCGGUGCACUCGGUACCCUUCGACAGCAACAUCGAUAUCCGGGAUUCCAUCAAUUAUAAAGAAGUGAUGAAGCAGUAUAAUCUGGGUCCAAACGGCGGAAUCCUGACAUCUCUGAACCUGUUCGCCACCAAGGUCGAUCAAAUCAUUUCUCUUCUCGAGAAGCGUACCGCCCCGAACCCCGACAAUCCCUCCGCGAAGCCAAUCGAGCACAUCCUGGUCGAUACCCCCGGUCAGAUUGAGGUGUUCGUGUGGAGCGCAUCGGGUAGCAUUCUCCUGGAGACCCUGGCAUCGUCGUUUCCGACUGUUAUCGCAUACGUCAUUGACACUCCUCGUGCGAGCUCGACCAGCACGUUCAUGAGCAACAUGCUGUAUGCAUGCAGUAUUCUUUACAAGACCAAGCUUCCGAUGAUUCUGGUCUUCAACAAGACAGAUGUGAAGGAUGCCGAUUUCGCGAAGGAAUGGAUGACCGACUUCGACAAAUUCCAACAGGCUCUGCGCCAGGAAGAGGAAUCCGGGGCCUUCGGAACCGAGGGUGGCGUCGGCGGAUUUGGCGCUGGAAGUGGAUACAUGGGAUCGCUUCUGAACAGUAUGAGUUUGAUGCUUGAGGAGUUCUAUCGACACUUGAGCGUCGUUGCCGUGAGCUCCAUGACUGGUGAUGGCGUUGACGAGUUCUUCGACGCCGUUGAGACGAAGCGUCAAGAAUUUGAGCGUGAUUAUAAGCCCGAACUUGAGCGAAAGAAGCAGGAACGCGAAGAGAACAAGUCUUCUCAGCGGGAACUGGAGCUGGGCAAGCUUAUGAAGGACAUGAGUGUCUCUGGAUCUGGUCGCAGAGAGCGAAAGGGUCCUGAGACCGGGCCAGAGACCGUCAGCGAGGCUGAAGAUGAGGAGGAAGAUGAGAUCAUCAAGAGAGGAUUGGCUGAUGGGGAAGACUUUAGCGAUGAGGAUUACGAUUACGCCGGGCCCAGCGCAGGCGACGAACAAGGCCUCUCCGAACGAUAUAAGCAGGCUCUAUCGGGUUCUCAGAGUGCCCCCUCGGACGCAGACAACAGCUUCACCAGGCUGAAGCUUGAACAUAUUCUCACAACUCUCAAGCAAAACCACUAUCACCAUCUCGCCAAACUCAAAACUGCUAAGGUUCGGGACACUUUGACCGAUGCGAAAUGGAUUAAGGUCUUCCAGACCUAUACCUACUCGACAGCGGCAUGGCUUUCGCUGCAGAGUGUGCCAUUAAUGGUGGGCCCAAGCAUGAUAGUGGCCAUGCUGCUGGACGAAACCCGACCAGCAUCUUCUAUUGAGAUCUACUUCGCCCGGUGCCUUGGCUUUAGUCUGCUCACCAUUGCCGUUUUGACCGUGAUGUUGACUGGCUCAAUCCCCUUAACAUCUUCAAUCUCAGAGCCUGUCACGACCGCGGACUCGGAUCCAAAGGCACCCUAUGCCCUGCCUACCCUCGUGGUGACCUCUCUAUUCCAUGCCAUAUCUGCCUUCUAUGCAUACACCUGGUAUGUUACCCGAGGACAGGGGGUGUUCGCGGUCGCCGUUGGUGGAGGCUCCAUCUUAGCAUUCAUCGGCCUGUGGUGCGUGCUCUUCGCGAGCAGCGGGGGCAAGAUCAGUCGCAGAACAGGCGCUGACAAACGGACUACGGGGUUUCCUUUUGCUAACUCGGAGGCGGCUAAGAAGCAUACGGGCAAGAAAAUCCUCUGA